AUGAACAAGCACAAGUUCAACUGCAGAAACUACAAUAUCAAGUCAAGAUACAACAGCUACAACAUCAAGUCAAGAUACAGCAGCUACAACGUCAAGUCAAGAUACAACAGCUACAACAUCAAAUCAAGAUGUAACAGGUAUAAUAUCAAGCCAAGAUACAACACCUACAACACCAAGUCAAGAUACAGCAGCUACAACAUCAAGUCAAGAUACAGCAGCUACAACAUCAAGUCAAGAUACAACAGCUACAACACCAAGUCAAGAUACAACAGUUACAACAUCAAGUCAAGAUGUAACAGCUACAACAUCAAGUCAAGAUACAGCAGCUACAACACCAAGUCAAGAUACAGCAGCUACAACAUCAAGUCAAGAUACAGCAGCUACAACAUCAAGUCAAGAUACAGCAGCUACAACAUCAAGUCAAGAUACAGACAGCUACAACAUCAAGUCAAGAUGUAA